AUGGCCUUCAUGGAAAGAGAGUUGCUCCUCAAGGCCCCGCAGAUGCUUGGAGCCUGGAACACAGAGCGACAGACUCGAUAUAGGGGCGUGGCACUGUCCCAGUGGCGGAGUCUGGCCGAUAUUGGACUGGUUUACACUGCCUUUGCUGGCGUCGACCUCGCGAAACCACCUCGCGAGCAUCAACUGUGGCAGGCACGGUCAAAUGUUGCUGUAGACGCGUGUUUUGGAAUUCGCCGCAAGGCCGGUUGCCGGCUUUGCUUCACAGGUGCUGGCGUGUGGCCGCUGCGUAGCAAUGAGAGACGACAGGUAGUGCACGGCUGGCGUGGAUACCACGACAUGUCCAAGACAAUCUCAGUGACAACAAAAAUUGCUGAUGAACCGCACGUGGCAGUUCAAGGGGAGUUUCAGCGCAUCUGA